CAGUGGUAGCACCUCGUGGGAGCGUGGAAGCGUCGUUCUGCCCAAGCUGAAGACUUGGGAGGAUAGAGAAGAAAUCUGGAAGACGAGCUAAUACGUAAUUAAUCGAAAAUGCUGGUGUUAUUUGAAACUGCGGCGGGCUAUGCAAUUUUCAAAGUCCUGGACGAGCAGAAGCUCCAGGAGGUGGACAGUCUAUGGAAGGAGUUUGAGACGCCAGAAAAUGCCAAUAAAAUAGUGAAGCUAAAACAUUUUGAGAAGUUCCAGGACACCACAGAGGCUUUGGCAGCUGCCACAGCUCUGGUGGAGGGUAAGAUUGGGAAGAGUCUGAAGAAGGUGCUGAAGAAAGUGGUGGCCAAAGAAGCACACGAGCAGCUGGCCAUCAGUGAUGCUAAGCUGGGCGGAGUCAUCAAAGACAAGCUGAACCUUAGCUGUGUGCACAGCCCCGCGGUGGCAGAGCUGAUGAGGGGCAUUAGGAACCAGAUGGAGGGGCUGAUCACGGGGCUGCCGGCCCGCGAGUUAAGCGCCAUGUCCCUGGGGCUGGCACACAGCCUCUCGCGAUACAAGCUCAAGUUCAGUCCUGACAAAGUGGACACCAUGAUCGUCCAAGCCAUUUCUCUUUUGGAUGAUCUGGACAAGGAGCUGAACAAUUACAUCAUGCGCUGCAGAGAGUGGUACGGCUGGCACUUCCCUGAGCUGGGCAAGAUCAUCACAGACAACCUGGCCUACUGCAAGAGCGUGCGCAAGAUAGGCGACCGCACUAAUGUGGCGACCACCGACCUCUCGGACAUUCUGCCCGAGGAGGUGGAGGCGGAGGUCAAGCUGGCGGCUGAGAUCUCCAUGGGAACGGAGGUGUCCGAGCAGGACAUCAGCAACAUCAUGCACCUGUGUGACCAGGUGAUUGAGAUCUCAGAGUACCGUGCCCAGCUGUACGACUACCUGAAGAACCGAAUGAUGGCCAUUGCGCCCAACCUGACUGUGAUGGUGGGGGAGCUGGUCGGAGCUCGUCUGAUCUCCCAUGCAGGGUCCCUGUUGAAUUUGGCCAAACACCCCGCCUCCACCGUGCAGAUCCUGGGUGCAGAGAAGGCCCUGUUUAGAGCCCUGAAGACCCGCCGGGACACCCCGAAAUAUGGGCUCAUUUACCACGCCUCUCUGGUGGGGCAGACCACAGCCAAAAACAAGGGCAAGAUCUCCAGGAUGCUGGCAGCCAAGGCAGCGCUGGCCAUCCGGUACGAUGCCCUCGCCGAGGACACCAGUGCAGAAAUGGGCGCCGAGCACCGGGCCAAGCUGGAGGCCAGACUGCGCCACUUAGAGGAGAAGGGGAUCAGACGCAUCAGUGGAACAGGGAAAGCUCUGGCUAAAGCUGACAAAUACCAACAUAAAAGCGAUGUCAAAGUGUACGACCCAUCUGGAGACUCCACACUUCCGACCGUGUCAAAGAAGAGGAAGUUUGAGGAGGUGGAGGAGGAAGAGGAGGCGGCCAAGCCAGCAGAAGUCAAAGCCAAGAAAGUUAAAAAGGAAUCCGUGCCUGAAGAAUCAGCGGCGGCAGCAGAGACAGAGGAAACUCCCAAGAAGAAGAAGAAAAAGAAGAAGCAGGAGGCAGCCGAGGAGGCCACGGAGGAGGCGAUGGAGGAGGUGAAGGGGGAAGAGGAGGCCGGUGGCAGCCAAGCAGCAGAGGAGACGACAGAAAAGAAAAAGAAGAAAAAGAAAAAGAAGGUCAAGGAAGAGGAAGAGGCCUGAGGAUAAAAAGGAACUGCAUAUACUUUUAGUUUUAGUUUUACUUUUUUUGUUGUACAUGCCAAGAAUGCUCCCCCAAGAGACUCGGAACUGCAGGAAUCUGUGGAAAUUGCUGCCCUUCACAGACUGACUUCAGUGUUCAUGCAAAAAUAAAAUUCACCUAAAACAUUUUCACCUUUGAUCUUCCAUUUUGAAAUCACCCCACCAAAGCAAGGAUGAGAUUGACAACUGAUGAAAAAGUGAUCUUGUGUAAAUCAUGCCUGAUUUCCCAGUUUUUUUUUUUUUUUAAGAUGGGUACAACCAUUUUAGUACCUUGUCAGAUAGAAAGGUUUCAGUUAUGUUUUUAUGCAUGGUCAAAGUGGUGUCCUUGGUUUGGCAAGAAUGUUAGUCCAAGGUUCCUGGAAAUGCAUGCCAAAAGUUUUUGGCUUAUACAUGCUUCUAUACUGUAUAUUUUUUCUAUAUGAAAUUCAAACAAGGAUUAUUUGUACAUUGUCAAAUUCAGAUGUCCUUUGUGAAUUAUGUCAACUAGUGCA